AUGUGUAUAUAUACCUGGCCAUUCGUGGCCGCGGCUGUCAAUCACCAGAUCCCGGCCGGUGAUUCCCUGCCAGUGCCUAGUGAUUACUGAGGACCUACGAUGGGGAGGGGGGCUGCUUUAUUUACUAACAGCCCUCCUCCCUGUUUACUCGGGCACACUGCUCUGGAUGGCUGGCAGUGUGCUUACAGUGAAGCACCAACACACUUCCCUCUAGUAAAUCACUCCCAGCACACAGUUAACCCUUUGAUCUCCCCUCAUAAUAACCCCUUCCUGCCCAGUGCCAUUAGUACAGUGUCAGUGCUUUUUUUUUUUAGCACUGAUCACUGUAUUGGUGUCACUGGGGAUAGCAGUGACACCAAGUCAGUUCUCCCCAGUGUCAGAAUGCCUGCCACAGUACCGCAGUCCUGCUAUAACUCGCUG